CCGCCGCCCGGCAGGAAACAAUGAAGGGAGACACCAGACACCUCAAUGGAGAGGAGGACGCCAGCGGGAGGGAAGACUCAAUUGUCCUCGCCAACGGGGCCUGCAGCGAUCAGUCCUCUGAUUCCAAGGAUGCCCCCUCGCCCCCCAUCCUGGAGGCUAUCCGCACCCCGGAGAUCAGAGGCCGCCGAUCGAGCUCCCGACUGUCCCGGAGGGAGGUGUCCAGCCUGCUGAGUUACACCCAGGAUCUGACGGGCGAUGGAGAUGAAGGCGAGGACGGGGAUGGGUCAGACACUCCAGUGAUGCCUAAACUGUUCCGGGAGACCAGAACGCGCUCUGAAAGCCCAGCAGUCCGAACCCGAAAUAGCAACAGUGCCUCCAACCGGGAGAGGUACAGGCCCUCCCCACGUUCCACCCGUUCCACCCGAGGCCGGCAGGGCCACAGUCACGUGGACGAAUCCCCCGUGGAGUUCCCAGCAACCAGGUCCCUGAGGCGCAGGGCCACAGCAUCCACAGGCACGCCGUGGCCAUCCCCUACCAGUCCCUACCUCACCAUCGACCUCACCGAUGACGAUGUGACACCCCAGAGUAGCAGUACCCCCUACACGGGCCUGGCCCAGGACAGCCAGCUGGAGAGCCUGGAGUCUUCACAGGUGGAAGCAGACAGAGAUGCAGAUGGAGCCGAGUACCAGGAUGGGAAGGAGUUUGGAAUAGGGGACCUCGUAUGGGGAAAGAUCAAGGGCUUCUCCUGGUGGCCAGCCAUGGUGGUGUCCUGGAAGGCCACCUCCAAGCGCCAGGCCAUGGCCGGCAUGCGAUGGGUGCAAUGGUUUGGCGAUGGCAAAUUCUCUGAGGUCUCUGCAGACAAGCUUGUUGCUCUGGGGUUGUUCAGCCAGCACUUCAACCUUGCAACGUUUAAUAAACUGGUCUCCUAUAGGAAGGCCAUGUUCCAGGCUCUGGAGAAAGCCAGGGUCCGUGCUGGCAAGACCUUCUCCACCAGCCCUGCAGACCCGCUGGAGGACCAGCUGAAGCCCAUGCUGGAGUGGGCCCACGGGGGCUUCAAGCCCACCGGCAUCGAGGGCCUCAAGCCCGACAGCAGCAAGCAACCAGUGGUUAAUAAGUCGAAGGUGCGCCGUGCAGGCAAUAGGAACUUAGAAGCACGGAGAAACGAGAAUAAGAGUCGGAGACGCACGGCCGAAGACUCCACGGCCUCAGAGCACUGCCCCCCGCCCAAGCGCCUCAAGACCAACUGUUACAACAACGGCAAAGACCGAGGAGAGGAAGAUCAGAGCCGAGAGCAAAUGGCUGCCGAUGUGACCAGCAACAAGAGCAACCUCGAAGACAGCUGCUUGUCCUGCGGGAGGAAAAACCCCGUGUCCUUCCACCCACUCUUUGAGGGUGGCCUCUGCCAGACCUGCCGGGAUCGCUUCCUCGAGCUGUUCUACAUGUACGACGACGACGGCUAUCAGUCAUACUGCACCGUGUGCUGCGAGGGCCGGGAGCUGCUCCUGUGCAGCAACACGAGCUGCUGCAGGUGCUUCUGCGUGGAGUGCCUGGAGGUGCUGGUGGGCAGUGGCACCGCAGCCGACGCCAAGCUUCAGGAGCCCUGGAGCUGCUACAUGUGCGUCCCGCAGCGCUGCCAUGGGGUCCUGCGGCGCCGCAAGGACUGGAACGUGCGCCUGCAGGCCUUCUUCACCAGCGACAUGGGGCACGAAUACGAAGCUCCCAAGCUGUAUCCUGCCAUUCCUGCAGCCCGCCGGCGGCCCAUUCGAGUCUUGUCCUUGUUCGAUGGCAUUGCGACAGGGUACUUGGUCCUCAAAGAAUUGGGCAUAAAGGUGGAAAAGUAUGUUGCUUCAGAAGUGUGUGAAGAAUCGAUCGCAGUGGGGACCGUUAAGCACGAGGGGAAUAUCAAAUAUGUGAAUGACGUCAGGAACAUCACCAAGAAAAACAUUGAUGAAUGGGGGCCCUUUGACUUGGUGAUUGGGGGCAGCCCGUGCAACGACCUCUCCAAUGUGAAUCCUGCCCGGAAAGGCCUAUAUGAAGGCACAGGCCGGCUCUUCUUUGAGUUCUACCACCUGCUGAAUUACACGCGGCCCAAGGAGGGUGACGACCGGCCAUUCUUCUGGAUGUUUGAGAAUGUUGUAGCCAUGAAGGUUGGAGACAAGAGGGACAUCUCGAGGUUCCUGGAGUGUAACCCGGUGAUGAUCGAUGCCAUCAAAGUUUCUGCUGCUCACAGGGCCCGGUACUUUUGGGGCAAUCUGCCUGGGAUGAACAGGCCCGUGAUAGCAUCCAAGAAUGAUAAGCUCGAGCUGCAGGACUGCUUGGAAUACAGUAGGACAGCAAAGUUAAAGAAAGUACAGACAAUAACCACCAAGUCGAACUCGAUCAAACAGGGGAAAAACCAACUUUUCCCUGUUGUCAUGAAUGGCAAAGAAGAUGUUUUGUGGUGCACUGAGCUCGAAAGGAUCUUCGGCUUUCCCGUUCACUACACGGACGUGUCCAACAUGGGCCGCGGCGCCCGCCAGAAGCUGCUCGGGAGGUCGUGGAGCGUGCCCGUCAUCCGACACCUCUUCGCCCCACUGAAGGACUACUUUGCCUGUGAAUAGUCCCGCACAGGUGCGCGCAGGGGCAGCACCAGGCUCUGCCCUGCCUCAGUUCAGCUGGUGGGGUCUCGCCGUGUACCUCAGUUCUCUCCUGCUUGGUGGGAGCAGAGCCGCCUGACCCUGUCUCUUCCAGGGGACCGCAAGGUGCCACCUGCUUGUGCACAGUUCAGACCUGGCUGCUGAGAGCGGCCACACACGGUGCUCAUUUUUACUUCUAAAUGUUAAAAAACUUGAAGUAGGUAGUUUUCUCCCCCGGCCUGGGUUACCGCUCAGAGGAAACAAUGGCUAAGAUACCAAAACCACAGUGCCGACAGCUCUCCAAUAUUCGGGUUGUUGCUGGCAGAUGGCUCAAGACAGCAACUGUAAACCGGAUUUUUAGCAAUGCCUGCCCCUCCGUGUUCUGAGACGUGUAGCGAAGGGUCUUUUUCAGGGCCUGGGUUGUCUCUAGGGCUAGCAACAGGAAUGGAUGUAAAUGACCUGGCACAUUCUCCUCUUGCAAGGGGUGCAAGGACUGGAGGCUGCUGUCAGGCCCUUUGUAUUUUCCACAAUGGUGACUGUCAGCAGGGAUGACGUCAUCACCACGUUCAGGGCUGUUUCCCCCACACACCCAAGGGCAGGGGCCAUUUGUAGCUAAGUCCCUCCCAGUUAGUGCAGGACACCUCAGGGGACCUCAGGAAGGGGUGGGCUGGUUGUGUUGUAUAAGCUGCCAUGUUGUGUAGACAAGUCCCGGCUGUCCCCUCUCCCUGUGUGAGGGGCAUGAAGGAGGGACCUCCCCCAUGAUGCCCCCCCACCCCAACCCUCAGGCCUCAUCCUGCCCCUACAGCCAGGGGCGAAAGCACAGGUUCUCACUUUCCCCGCAUCUAAGAGAUGGCCAGGGGGUGCGCAGCAGCAGCUCGCCCCUCCCCUGCAGAUUUUAGAAUCCUUUUUAUCCCAUGUUUUUAGAGGAAGGGGAGGCCAGGCUAAGCUCGCUGCAUUUCAGAAAUGCUGUCUGUGACGGUUUUUAACACCUUUUACUCUUCUUACUGGUGCUAUUUUGUAGGAUAAGAGACAACGUUGACGAGUUUUGUGGGGCUUUUUAUACAUCUUUUUUUAAAAUCUCAGACUUCUAUUUUUAUGUUCAACAUUUUCAUUAAAAGUUUUUUUUUUUGUAACUGGAGCCACGGAACAAGUAUGCGGAAAAAACUGUGCCUUGUUUCAACAGUUUUUGCUAAUUUUUAGGCUGGAAGAUGAUGAUGCCUAGAGUUUACCUUAUUAUGUUUAAUU